UCGAAACACCAGGCGCAAAACACAAACAGCGGGAAGAUUGGGGUCACAUUUUAUUACAUUUUAUCUGUUUUUGUACAGCGGUAAUGCACGGACACGGCCAUUCGGAUGACAAACAACGUUAUAGAAGUAAUGUCCGCUCGGAUACCACAACACAUGUGAAUCAUUUGAAGAUCUAGCACUGCUAAUCAUGCCUACCAAAUUACAGAAGCGUUCGGCGGCGAAAGGGGGGCGUCAAGUGGAUAUAUCCUCAUUUUUCUCUGCUAAGGUGCCAAACUCCGGUCUCAACAAGAAGAGUCCACCUAAGACUGAGGUUUCCUCUGGUGUUGUUGAAGUUUACAGUGAAAAUAUCUCCCAAACCCCAGAGACCACCUUCGUACCCGAGACGCCAGACAGCCUCAUCAGGACACACCGUCCCACCACGGCUGACCCCCAUGGCGUAACACGAUCCCCGGUCUCUCGUAGUCCGUUGUCCAAGGCCUCCGGUAAGAAAAGCGACCUCUUUGGUGCCAGGAGGCCCAUGCAGACUCUGCUCAACGAGAGUCCGAAAGCCAAGCAUGGGGACGGUUCGAAGGCCCAUACGCGUAGUAUGGGCUCUGUUAAGAGGCAGAUGUUUUCCCCAGAGGAGGGCGCCCAGAAGGCGAAGCGGGCCAGGCCUCUGUCUGUGAGGAGACCGGCUCCGAGCCCUCUGAAAGACCCUAACUCCACCGACGCCGAUGGUCUUGAUGACUUUCUGGACGAGAUACAGCGGCCCAAAAGUACACUGUUCAAGACGAAAUUACAAACAAGCACAAACUGUGCCACUAAGCGCAGUAAGGUGGGACAGAUUACAUUUAAGAAUGACUGUGCAUUGACUCAUAAUGCUGAAACCUCCAAAAAGGUUGAGAACCCUGUUCUUAAAAAUAAAUUAAUCCCGGCUUCUAUGAAAGCCCGUUCCUCUCCCCCCAGCAAAAGUGAUGAAAUGGAUGAAAACAGUUUCACUCUAAUAUCUGAACCAAAACCUGCCAGGAACCAUGUCGGUUCCAGUGAAUUUACCGCCAAUGGAAAGCUGAUUAGUUCCUCAACAUGUGAAGUGCCUGUGAAACCCGCCACGAACCAUGUCAGUUCCAGUCAUAUUACAGACAAUGAAAAGCUGAUUAGUUUCUCAACAUGUGAAGUGCCUGAAGAAAAUGUGAAUGAGAUGGAGUCCGCUCCGCUUCAGCAGGCAGAGGCCGAUGGGGGAAAUGCUGGUAUUUGCCAGACGACAGACAGACCUGCAGAUGUAAAGGCGACUGUAGAUGAAGUUCAGGAUGAGCUGGAUGACAGCUGGUUUGAUGAUAAGAUGGAGGCAAGCCAUACUGAGGCCAAAGACAAGCCAUCAACAUCUGAAAAAGCUCGAUCCAUCCCGGACCAUGUCCUAUUGUCCACCGGGCUGCACAACCGCUACUGGGUCCUGGAGGUGCAGGAAGGGACAGGCCCUCAUGGCUAUUCAGAAAAACAUUUGACCAUCACAGCCUCCAAGACUGGGCAACCCACUGAGACCUGCAUCCUAAAAGAUGGCUGGGAUAGCACCCCUGUUGGCGUGGGGGAUGUUGUUCAUGUGGAGGGCGAGUGUGCGUCGGGCACGUGGGUGGUCAACAGAGACGCCGGCUUCCUGGUCCUCCUGCCAGACCUGCUGAUGUCCGGCACCAGCAUCGCCAACAGCAUCCGCUGCAUGAGGAGGGCCGUGCUGGGGGAGAUAUUUAAGGUUUUUGACGGAGGCUCCAAGCAAAUGCUGACCGGUACCAUGGUUCACGAGAUCUUUCAGAAGGCAGCCAUGUCUACGGACUUCUCUGAGGAGACUCUGAAGAAGUUUGCUGAAGAUGCCCUGCUCAGCCCAGACUACCUGGCGCAGAUCUACAGCCUCGGUCUGGCCCAGGAGGAGGUGAGGCAGAACGUGGAGGAGUACCUGCCGUCUUUGUCGGAGUGGGCCAAAGAUUACCUGGACUCCUCCUCACAAGCCGGAAACAAGACACUAACACUAAAACUGCCGAGUGACGGUCGCAUGAGUAAACAGGACAGCGCCUGUACCGUGACGGUCACGGACUUCAGUGACAUCGAGGAGAACAUUUGGUCGCCGCGCUUCGGUCUGAAAGGGAAGAUUGAUGUGACCGCUGGAGUGCGCAUCCACCGCAAAGGUCGGAGGUCAAUCGAGCGUGUGGUCCCUCUGGAGCUGAAGACCGGCAAGGAGUCUAACUCCAUCGAACAUCGCAGCCAGGUCAUCUUGUAUACUCUAAUGAGCAUGGAGAGGCGUAGUGAUCCUGAGACGGGCUUCCUGCUCUACCUGAAGACUGGCAGCAUGCACCCCAUCGUAGGCAACCACAUGGACAGGAGAGAGCUUGUAAAACUAAGGAAUAUGUUGGCACAUCACCUUGGCAACAAUUUGAAGAAGGUGGAGGGAGGUCCCUCUCAGCUGACGCCGUUACCGGCCGUAAUAUCUGAUGGGCUGGCGUGCAAGUACUGCGCUCAGAAACAGAACUGUGCCGUCUACAACAGAGCGUUUGAGAGGGACCCCACGUGCCCUCCCGGCGCCCCCGAGCAGCCCCACCUGGAGCAGGAGAGCGAGCACCUGUCCCAGCCCCACCUCAGCUACUUCAGCCACUGGGUGCUGCUGUGCGCCCUGGAGGAACGCACCAUGGAGGCCAAGGGGGGCCGCCGACACAUCUGGCUCAAGCCUGCAGAGGAGAGGGAGAAGAGUGGUGGUUGCCUGGGCAACAUGUUGAGGACGGGCAAGGUGUCUCUUCUGGCGUCUGAUGUUUACCUUCAUGCGUUCGAGCGGAGAGGGGGCGGGGCCAGCCAGGUCCUGACGGGGCUCGUCGUCGGGGACCGAGUGGUGGUCAGCGGCCAGGAAUCCAAACUCAUCGGCCUGGCAACGGGAUAUGUCACCGAGGUGUCCGGCGCUGGACUGAGCUGCACUUUAGAUCGUGAUCUGUCAAAGUACCCUGCCAGCAUGGUGUUCCGACUGGACCAGGACGAAGGGGCUGGCGGACUCAACACACACUUUGGCAACAUCUCCAAACUUAUGGAAAAUUCCCCAAACAGCCAGAGGCUUCGAGAGCUGAUUGUGGAUUUCCGGCCUCCGCAAUUCAUCGAGAGUCUGAGCAGCGUGUUGCCUCGAGAUGCCAAAGACACCGUGGCCAACAUCCUCAAAGGUCUCAACAAGCCCCAGAAGCAGGCCAUGAAGAGAGUGCUGUUAUCUAAAGACUACACUCUUAUCGUAGGAAUGCCUGGCACGGGCAAGACCACCACUAUUUGCACACUGGUGAGAAUUCUCCACGCGUGCGGAUUCAGCGUCUUGCUGACCAGCUACACGCACUCCGCCGUGGACAACAUCCUGCUCAAGCUGAAGAAGUUCAAGAUCGGCUUCCUGCGUCUGGGCCGCGAGCAGAAGGUGCACCCGGAUAUCCGGCCCUACACGGAGGAGCAGGCCAGAGCCAAGGGCGUCCGCACCCUCGCCGACCUGGAGAACCUCUACAAUAAGGAGCUGGUGGUGGCUACCACCUGUAUGGGAGUGAAGCACGCCAUCUUCAGCCGGCGACGGUUUGACUUCUGCAUCGUGGAUGAGGCGUCGCAGAUCAGCCAGCCCGUGUGCCUGGGGCCGCUCUUCUACGCCCAGCGCUUCGUACUGGUCGGGGACCACCAGCAGCUGCCCCCCAUCGUGCAGAACACAGAGGCCAGGUCCCUGGGUAUGGAUGAGAGUCUGUUUAAGCGUCUGGAGCAUCACGCUGCUGCCGUGGUCCAGCUGACGGUGCAGUACCGGAUGAACAGUAAGAUCAUGUCUCUGAGCAACACUCUGAUGUACGAGGGGAAGCUUGAGUGUGGCUCAGAGAGGACGGCUAGUGCAGUUCUGCAGCUGCCCACUAGGGACAGCGUUGAGCAGGACCUGGAGCUUUUUAUAGGCCAGCCGGAAUACAUGGACUGGAUCAGCGCGGCCCUGCAUCCUCAAAACCCAGUCUGCUUCCUGGAUACCACCAAGGUCCCUGCUAUGGAGACCGCGGAGAAAGGAGGGAUCAGUAACCAGACGGAGGCGACCCUGGUGCACGCCAUUGUCAGCCUCUUACUCAAGGCGGGCUGCAAGGCGGGUGACAUUGGCAUCAUCGCGCCGUACAGGCAGCAGCUGAAGGCCAUCUCUGGGCUGCUGGACAGGCCGGUCUUCAGCGCCGUGGAGGUCAACACGGUGGACAAGUACCAGGGGCGCGACAAGAGCGUCAUCAUCGUCUCCUUCGUCAGGAGCAGCCUGGAGGCGCACAUGGGGGAGCUGCUGAAGGACUGGAGGAGGCUGAACGUGGCCAUCACGCGCGCCAAACACAAGCUGAUCAUGGUGGGCUCCAUCAGCACGCUACGCCGCUACGCCCCCCUGGAGAAACUCCUCUCUCACCUGGAGAGCCAGAGCAUGGUGUUCCAGCUACCAGAGGCAGCUCAUGAAGCGCUGCCCACAACAUUCCUGUAACGCACAACCAACGUUCCUGUAACGCACAACCAACGUUCCUGUAACGCACAACCAACGCUCCUGUAAUGCACAGCCAACGUUCCUGUAACGCACAACCAAUGCUCCUGUAACAAACAAGCUACUGUAUAUGAAUACUUUCUACUUGUAUUGGCCCUGAUAUAGCCAUAGCGAACUGGAAAUUGAUGGAAACAAUACAAUCAACUCAAAUAAAUCAGCACAAGCAACUGUAACACACUCAACGUGAACCUGUGGGUUACCAUCACCAUCUCAGUUUACCUCACAAACUUCACCACCUCCCUCUGCCCACACACAGACACACACAUUGUCAUGGAAUGCACUACUCAGCUGGAAGAAUAUUUUAAUGUGAAACUUCAGUUGUUUUAAUGCAGUUAAAUAUGUUGAGUAUUUACUUUAAACAAGCUGCUCUUAUAUGACCUCCAUUAAUUUAUACUUGAAUUUUUUGAUACUAUUAUCUUAUCAAUGGUGCUAAUUUGCCAAUUUUGUACUAUACAUUGUUUAAACUUUUGUAUUUGUGUUUUUACUUGUCUUUUCAAAUAAAAUUGUAAUAUGAUAAUA